AUGGACGUUCCUGCUCGUGGGCUGAUCGGCUACAUGGCGGGCGAAUUCGGAAACGAUGUCCACGGCCAGGGCACCCUCAAUCAUACAUUCAAGGCCUACGAACCCUUCAAAGGCGUUAUUGAGACGGGCCGAAACGGCAGCCUCAUCUCUAUGGCUCAGGGCGAGGCCUCCGCAUAUGCAAUUGCUCCUCUUCAAGCACGCGGAAUCAUGUUCAUACCCCCCGGAACGCAAGUCUACUCUGGCAUGGUCAUUGGCGAGUCCUCCAAGUCACUCGACAUCUACGUCAACCCCUGCCAGAAGAAACAGCUCACCAACAUUCGUGCUGCAGGCGCUGACGAGAAGCUUGUCAUUGCCUCGCCGAAAAUAAUGACGAUGGAGGAAAACAUCGCUUACAUGGCCGAUGAUGAGAUGGUCGAGAUCACACCCAAGAAUGUGCGUCUGCGGAAAGCGGAGCUCGACAUGAACAAGCGGAUGAAGUCGAUGAAGGGAAAGCAGGGUGGCAAAAAGUAG